CCGCGAGCCGUCUGUUUGAUUCCUGCCUGCGUGGUCCCUGCCUCUGCUGCCUCAUGCCGCUCCUGCGUCCUUCCCUCUCUACUCCUGCUGCCACAUAGCCUUACGUCUCUUGCGCCUCGUCGUCAGCGCGGUGCACACUAGCUGGGAACAUUCGCACCCGCGUAGCUACGUUGACGGCACUCUGCUUCGCUGCUCUGGUCUAGAUGGUGCCCUCUGUCCAGCAAGACAUGUUCAGCACGGAGCGGCCUGCGCAGAAGAAGCGGGUUGCACAGAUAAGGCUCUAUGGAGUGUCUGCGUCGCCUCAUAAGCGGUUCCCUGGCGAGCUGGCUGUGAAGAAGAUGAGCAAGGCGGAAUAUGAGCGACGGUUUCCGUCUGCCCCACCACCUCUCACACCAGAUCUCACCAUCAGUCAGAGCGUUUCCUCAUCCACACCCCGUUCCAUUUCGACCAAUCUACCGUGCUCCUCCGCAUUAUCUCUCGAACCCGUCGUCACUGCCCCUCGUGACCUUUCACCACGCUCUCGCAGGCAGCUCCGCUAUCACCGUGCGCAGACAGCGUUAUCCUCGUCUCUGCAGCACAGUCUCCCCGAGCCGUCUCCAGUCGAUCAGCAGAUCCGCGCUUUGGAGCGCGCGACGGCCAUGCUGAGCACUCAAGCCCGGGAAUCCAAGGAGCAGGCCGCACGGCUGCGCGAGUGUCUCGCGGAUCGCGCAAACAUGGAGCCCACGGAGUACGAGUCCAUGUUGCGCGAGCGGUGGCUGGCGGACAAGCGGGAGACAGACAUGAGCAAUGCGGUGCGGAUCCUCGAGGCAUCCCUCACGGCACUGCGCGAGACCAGCCACCGACCCCAUGCCCCGGAAGAAGCAGCAGCAGGAGAAUCGCGGAUGUCGCCCCGGAAGCACGCGAAGGCGAAGGCGAAUCUGGCGCUAUUCUUGGAACAGGCGGGCACACGGGUCCCGCUGGCCUCGCGGCUCGCGCCCGGGCAGCACGUUGUCGUCGCCGCGCAAUGGCGAAAGACCAUGCACCACGUCCGCUCCCUCCGCCUCCGCCAGUCCGCCUGUGCGCUUGCCUUCAUGCAACACCCCGCGCCCGCACAUACGCGCCCACUCAGCCCCGCCGGCUCCCUCGACGAACGCUCUCCAAAGUUCUCGCCCGCAUCGCCCGCAUCGCCCAGGACACCCCCGCUACCAGGAACGCCGUCGAAGGGCGCCCUCGCAAGCUCGCGCUCACCCAAGACACCUCCCAGGUACUCCUCGCGACUAGUCCCUCACCCCCAGUCUCCCUCCGACUCGCCCUCCAGCCCGUGGACCGCCGGCUUUGCAGACAUCCUCCUGCCCGACUCGCCCCGUUCGCGCGCGGACCUCCUCUCCCAGGUCGAGGCGGACGACCCCGGCGUGCCCGCGUACGCCGUCGACCUCCUGGACGCGCUCGUCGCCUCCGAGCUCGACGUCUCGCUCCGCGCGCCCGCAC